AUGGCAUCGUUUCCACCAGCCAUACCGAUUGGAGAAGCAUCAAGUCUGCGGCCUGCUGGGUCGAGAUAUGGUGCGGAGGAUCAUUGGCAUCAGUCAACCUCGACGGCCAAUAUCGAGAGUAAUCAAAGUCCAAUUUGCCGAGAUGCAUAUGAAAACGCGGAUAUCGACAUGUCAAGAGGUCUGGCUGCGUCCAAGGCUUCGACGAACGAUGUAGUUGCACCAGGUCGUUACUAUUCCUCUGAGAAAUUCAACCCUCAACACAUCCCACAAAGACCUCACCGUCGUGAGGUGGCAUUCGCGUGGCACUUACUUACACCCCCCACCGAAGCAGCACUAGCAAGUAGAGUCACUAGCGGCUCGAGGACAAUAGACACUUCAGAAAACCAAAUUCUACACACCUUAAACGAACGAACGGAGUAUUCUCAAGCCAGAGCGAAGCGCUACAAUUGA